AUGAGCUUCUUCAAGAACAAGCUGAGCCGCGGCCACUCGAUGCGUGUGCCGGCUGAUGAGCGGCCACCUCGCAUGAAGCUGUCUUCCCUUCUCCCCUUCGGCUCCUCUCGUCGAGCUGGGCGGCCGGUGUCGCCUCUGUCCCCGCUCUCGACUGGCGGUGUGCGUGAGGCUGCCUCGGCAGCGAGCGCAACGCUCCGUGGCGGCCUGCAGCGCAAGGGCUCGACCUACCGACAGACUUACCACCACCUGGACGCCGACCAGGAGCCGCCGCAGGAAUGGGCGCCUGUCCCGUUGCAGUUCGUGCAGGACGACUUUGCAUACUACUCGCGUGACUGGAACCACUAUGAGAGCGACCGGGUGUCUCGGGAGACGCGGCGGAAGCGUGAGGCCGACCGUCUGAACCGCAGCGCUACAAUGCGCCCCCGCCCAAAGCCGCGCAUGCCGAACGAGGACUCGACGAUGACUAGGAGCUCGUCGGACCGCCAGCUGACCCAGCUGGGCAGCAACAACCCCUUCAACCCGCACGGCACUGUGCGCCGUGCCGGCGGCGAGGCCCGCGCCCCGCGAGUGCCGCCCCCGAAACCUGUCUGGGUCCAGUUCGAGGACGAGUGGUCUUCCGCCAGCUCUGGCUCCAACUCGAGCUAA